GAUUCUCCAGAGCAAUUACCUGAACAGAUAGGCUUACGAUGUAAUGAUACUCCUGCAUCUGAUAUAACUAAUAACACUUCAAAUUCUGAUGUAUGCCAGGAGUCAUCGUCCCAAUAUCCCGCAUCACCUAUUCGCACAGAGGCUAAAUCAUCAGAGGACAAGGAGGUGGAUGUAUUUCACGACUCAAUAUUUAAUGAAAGGGUUAGAAAAGAGAAGAAACUUCGAGAUCAAGAGGUAUCUUCGGGGAGACAAGACACUUCAGAAGAAUUGAUGUCCUCUCAUCCACCUUCUACCAAUAAUGACGUGAGCCGGCUUCCAGCUAAAGAUUCUAAUCCUGAAGCGAAACUUUUUUAUUUGGGGUCUGUUGCAGAGCAACGCCAUUACCAUGACAAAUCACCGGAAGACAAAGCAAUUGACGAAUUCCUAGAUUCAGAGUAUAGAGAAACGGUUAGUAAAAAGAUAAUUCAAAAUAUUAAGGAGGAAAAACUUCGAGAUCAAGAGAAAUUCAUAACUUCCCAGGAUACUAUCCCUAAUAUUUCUUCCGAAAUAAAAAUUCCCUAUAAUCAGAAAGUAGAACGAGGUUUAAUAAGUGAAUUGCUUGAAUUUAUUAGGAGCAACGACGCCACAAUCCCACAAAAUUCGUAUUCUAUAUCUGGAAAACAAAAUUUUGACUUAUUUAAGAAAAAUAUGACAUAUGUGGGUGAUUUAACUAUAGGUACCACACCUUACCUAGCACAUGUUGGCUUACGCCAAUAUGCCAUAGAGCAUGGAAUGGAUCCUGAAGAAUUUUCAAUCAUUACAGAGGCUGAAAGAAAUAGGUGGGCUAUAGGUUGUUUUCCUGCCGAUUUGGAAAGAGAUAUACGCUUUUAUCGCGGUGGAAUAGAAAGUAAAGAAGACCCUGGAAAAUAUCGUGAAUUUUUAACAGAUCGGGAGAGGCUGGUCGGUGAAGAGUUAUUACGUCGCAGUAUGGUAAAGAGCGGUUUAAGUACUGCAUGGCUCGAUAAUCUUAUGGAAGAAUGGGAAAAAACUUAUAAUCAAUUCAAAUUUUUAGCCAGUCCUAGCCAAAAAAUAAAUCACAUUUUGCCGUUAUAUUACGAUUUCGAUCAUGGAAAUAAAAACGUUACUGGGUUAGACGGUGUUGAGUUAGGUGGUGCUGGGUUGGACGGUGCUGG